AUGGGCGGAAACAGCACCACCUGGAUGAACACCGCCAUUCUGGUCACCUGUAUGCGCAAUUUCCGCAAGAACCGGGGCCCCGUUUCCGGAAUCAUGAAGGGAUACGUCGGGUUGAGCACCGCCAUCUUCACCGACGUCUGCUCUGCUCUGUUUUCCAACGACCCUUCCACUUUCCUCCUCAUGCUCAUGAUCGUCCCCUUCGCCGUCUGCCUCACCGCCAUUGUAUUCCUCCGGGAGAUCCCGCCGUCCUCCAACUCCGACGAGGAGAAGGAGGAGACCCGGUACUUCGGAAUCGUCAACGUAAUCGCCGUCGUCAUCGCCGUUUAUUUGCUGGCAUUCGACGUCUCCGGCGAGCACGGCCGCCUCUUCUCCCAACUAUUCGCUUACGUUCUGCUAUUCUUGCUCGCUUCGCCGUUGGCUAUUCCGGUGUUCAUCAUGCUGAAAAAUUUCCUGAGAUUCAGCUUCGAUGACUCACUGCUGGACUUGGAGAAGGAGCCCCUUCUGGAGAAGAAGACGGGGGCGGCUGCAGCGGCGGGGAUUACGGCGAAGGAAGUAGUAGUAGCAAAGGGGGAGGAAACAGCGAGGCCGCCGGUGAUUGGAGAAGAUCACACGAUUAUCGAGGCAGUGAAGACGGUGGAUUUCUGGAUCUUGUUCGUGUCGUUUCUGUGCGGUGUCGGGACGGGAUUGGCAGUGAUGAAUAACUUGGGCCAGAUGGGCCUCGCCUUGGGUUACGUGGACGUUUCCAUAUUCGUGUCUCUCACUAGCAUUUGGGGAUUCUUCGGCCGGAUUCUCUCCGGCUCUGUCUCCGAGUACUUCAUCAAGAGGGGAGGAACGCCGAGGCCAGUAUGGAAUGCAGCAUCACAAAUUGUAAUGGCAUUCGGUUACAUAAUGAUGGCCAUGGCUUUACCUGGCUCACUCUACAUUGGCUCCAUAGUGGUCGGAGUUUGCUAUGGGAUUCGUCUAGCCGUGACUGUCCCAACUGCAUCUGAGCUGUUUGGCCUAAAGUACUAUGGUCUCAUUUACAACAUCCUAAUCCUCAACCUUCCGUUAGGCUCCUUCCUUUUCUCUGGUUUGUUAGCCGGACUAUUGUACGAUGCUCAGGCGACUAAGACGGCGGGUGGCGGCAACACUUGCAUUGGUGCACAUUGUUACCGGCUGGUGUUUGUGGUCAUGGCCAUUGCUUGUGUGGUUGGUUUUGGUCUGGAUGUAUUGCUAGCUAUCAGGACUAAGCCAUUGUACAACAAGAUUUAUUUAAGUCGGAAAUCGAAGAAGGCUGCAGCUGCAUCCGGCGCCCAAUAG